AUGAAGAACACCAUGCAAAUUGCACAGGUUGACGAGAAUGUGAAAGGCUGGACAGUUUUGAUUCAAGUUGUUGAGCGCAGCAACAUAUUUGUUAGUCAAAAGGAUCAAUCCAUUUCUUACCGUCGAUUUAAGUUUGCGGACUCUGAGGGCACGCAAGUUGGGGCAGUAGCGUAUAACAGUAAUCUUAGGGAAUCCUCGCCUAUGCUGCAGCUCUAUAAGAGGUACUAUAUUUCGGGGGCUGCAUUAAAGAGGGCAGACCCGAAAUACAUGGUUGGCUCUUAUCCGUUCACAUGGACAAUCACCAACCACACUUUGAUUCAACCUUGUGAGGAUAAGCUGCCUGAGAAACUAGACUGUCACAUUGACUGUGAGAAGUUUGGUAAUUUGCAUAGAUUUGUGGACACCGAAGAUCUGCAGCAUGUUCAGGGCGUCGUGGCACAUGUUUUUCACAUGAAAGAUGUUGGAGUGGACGCGGUGAACAGAGACAUUGUGUUGAUCAAUGAAGAGCUGGUGCCAAUGAUACUUACUCUGUGGAAUGCCUUUGGUGAGAUCGAAGGGUCACAACUAGCUGAAACCAUCAACGCUGGAAAUGUUGUUGUGGCUAUGCGAGUGAAAGUCACUACGUUCCAUGGUCUUUCAUUGUCUACUAGAACCGAAAGCUCUAUUCUCAUCAAUCCACCAACGCCCGAUGCCGCUGCUCUAAAACAAUGGUGGGUCAUUUCAAAUUGUACCUGUGACAUACGACCUGUUGUGCCGCUUUAA